AUGAAUGACACCAUUGUUAUAGGAUCACAGACACGACACAUUGAGGAACUCAUCAAGCACCUAAGCACUGAAUUCGCACUAAAGGAUCUCGGCCCGCUUCAUUACUUCCUUAAGGUUGAAGUACAUAUGACAAGUACUGAUCUUAUGAUCACACAAGAGAAGUAUGCCAAAGAGAUCCUCAACAAAGCCAAUAUGCUUGAGGCUACACAAUUCAGUACUCCAAUAGCCAUAUCAAACUCUCUAUCACCAAAUGACCAUGAGAAAGUGGAUGCCACAGAAUAUCGGAGUGUUGUGGGCUCACUUCAAUACUUAACACUCACUCGCCCUGACAUACAAUUUGCUGUGAACAAAGUAUGCCAACACAGGCAAGAACCAACUCUCAAGGAUCUUAAGGCUGUUAAAUGCAUCCUAUGA